AUGCCCAACGCGACGUACCGCUUGAGGCAGCCGACGCGGUACGGCAAGCAGCCGGCAGUACCCUCGGAGUUCGUGUGUCCGCUGUCGCUGCAGCUGCUCACCGACCCGGUCAUCACGGCGUCGGGCCUCACCUUCGAACGCGCCGUCAUCCAGAAAUGGUACCGCGACGGCAACCGCAUAUGCCCCGUCACCGGAUCGCGUCUCGACCACUACCGGCUGUUUCCGAACCAGGCGGUUCGGCAGCUUAUCGCGCAGUGGUGCGACGCGAACGCCGUGCCGUACGCGCCGGGCGUGCUGUGCGUGCGCGUGGACCCGCAGGGGCAGCAGGGGACGGGGCCCUCCUCCAAUCUCUCUCAGCGCCCCUUCACUCCCCCCGGCACUCCGCCCAAAAGCCCGCGCUCUGCAGCCCCCUUUUCCACUCUUCCUGGCGCCUUUCAGCGCCCGCGGACUCCCUCAUCGGGGGCGGACGACCGACCGUUCUCCCCUGCUGGCGGGGAAAGUGUUCCGCGCAACCACCCUUCCGCGUCCCUUUCCGUUUCAAGAUCGGUGUCGAGCGGGGGAUCCGUGCAGCGCAUCGCGUCGGGGAAUGGCGCACAGCCGGUGCGGGGAUCCCCCGCUGGCGCAAUGGUUCCGCGCACAGCCUCAGGGGGAGGGGCGGUGCUGCGAGUGGUGUUAGGUGGUGGAGUGCCGCGCGUUUCCUCCGCCGACAGCCCCCGCGCGCGCAUUUCAUCAGCGGAGCGGAUAGGCUCCAGUCCCCUGUCCGGGGACGAGCUGGGGGAAGCAGUUGCGCGGAGACAAGCAGGCGCGCCUCCCAAUGGCGCAGGGCCUCCGCAGCGGCGGCAGGCGGCGGGGCCGAGACAUAGGGGGAGCCAGUCGCAGGUUCUGCGGGUGCUGGGGCAGGACGGCGCGGGGGAUAGCGGCUCCUCGGGUCUUGCGCGCUCGCACUCGCUGCAACCCAAGGCGGACGAUAUCGAAUCGCUCCUUAACGCGUUAGAGGACGACGAAUCGGACGGCUACGAGUCGGGUCAAUCCGACGCGCUCUGGCGUUCCAACGAGCCGCUCCCAGUGCCCCGCGUCGCCAGCCUGGGGGGGAGGGGGGCUGCGCGGGGUCCUGGCGCGGGGAGGGGGGGAACAGGAGCGGGCAGGGGAGGGCGGGGAGGGAGAGGGGCGAUGGCGGAUGGUGUGGGGCGGUCGGACAGCUUAGAGCGCGGAAUGAUGCGCGCAAAGCAGCAGGGCCACGCGGGCGCGCACGCGGACGGGUCGCUCCGUCUGCUCAACGGCCGCAACGGCAUUCCGUCAGGAAAGCGACCCGCGCAGGGGGGUAGCGGCGAUGGGGGGAACGCGGAGAGCGGGUUGCGGCGCACGUCGUCGCUGCAGUCGCAGGGGCUGCUGUCGGCGAGUCUCGGCAGUCUGGGCCUCGACGCCACGCGCGACUCCUUCCGCGGCGCCGUCGACGACCUCGUGCCGCGCAGAUCCGCGGGCGCGGGGGCGCGUGGGGAGGUCGUGCAGUCGCGGUUCGCGGGGGAGAGUGGCGGGGAGUCUUCGUCGGAGAGGGAGGCGCGGAGGGGCGCGCCUGGCCGGCCGGGGGGCGGCAUUCCGCCCGGCGCGCGGCUGCUGGCGGCGGGGCGCGCGAGCCAGUCGUUCCGCGACCGCGCGAGCAGCGACGGCAGCGACAGCGAGCUCAAGGCGGCGCUGCUGGGCGCCAUCCGCAGCUCCAGCGCCGGCAGCCCCGCCGACCCGCCCAUGGCGGCUGGCGGGGGAGUCGCGGGGGGAGGGGGAGGGGGAGGCGGUGCAGGGGUUGCGGUGGCGAGCGGGCGGGCGAACGCGCUGCGCAGCAUGGGCGCGGCGGGGAUGCGGUCGGCGUCGUUCCGCAUGGGGCGAGAGCUCUCCAUUGACGUCAGCAGGGGCGCCGCUGCCACGGCGGGCGCGGGGGGCGGGGGCGCGGGAGGAGGGGGCGCGGGAGCUGGGGGCCCGAGGCUGACGGCGUCAGGCAGCCUGCGGAGCCCCGUGGGGUCAUCCUCCAUGCGCGUGUCGCGCGACGGCGCCAUGGGCGCCAGAGCCGCCGCCAUUGACGCCGCCCUGCGCGCCGCUGCUCUGCCGCGCAGCCCCGCUGGGCGCUCCUCGUCGUCACUUCCGCCCAUCCGCGACAGCAGCAGCAGCGGCGCAGCAUCAGGGGAGUUGGGAUGGGGUGCGCCUGGGGUUCCGCGCAGUCCGGGGCGAGCAGCGCCCGCGGGCGCCAGGGAGGCGCCCAUUCCGCGCGCGGGCAGCCGGGAGGCCGCCAUGCACCACAGCGGUCCCCCUCUGGGGGACAGCCAUGCCAACGGCCACACUGCCCCUGCGCCCUCUGCGCGCCAUCCCCCUCCGCCGCUCGCCCUGCGUCGCGACCUCUCCAUGGACACGUGGGCGCUCUCCUCGCACCUCCCCGCCUCCGCGCCCCCCGCCGCCGCGCCCCUCUCCCCCAUCCACUCGUCCGGGCCCCUCUCCCCCAUGCACGCAUCCGGCCCGCCCUCCCCCCGCCUCUCCUCCACACCCCUCUCCCCGCGCGCCUCCACGGGUCCGCGCAGCCCCGUGGGCGCGGGCGCGAGGGGCGUGGGGGGCCCGGGGGGGCCGCCGCGGUGGCGGCGGGACAGCAGCGUGGAGAGCAGCGGUGAUGCUGGCAGCGGCAGCGAGGGGCGCGAGCAGGGAGCGGGCAUGGGCGGGGGGGGCGGGGGAGGCGGGGGAGGCGGGGGGGGAAGGAGUCCGCCAAUGCUGCAGCGCAGCCUGGGGCGGCGAGUGGCGGAGGAGGGCGCGCUGCUGCGCUCAGGGUCCAUUCAGAGCGUGCAGUCCGUGGGGCAUGGGGGCGCGGGGGGGCACAGGCAUGCGCAGGGGCAGGGACAGGCGCAGGGGCAUGAGAGCAUGGGCGCCAGUGACACGGACGACCCGUUCCUCUCCGCCCUCUCCAGCGUUCGCCGCGAGCAGCAGUUGUGGGGCGAGGGCGGGAUGAGCGGGGGGGAGGAGGGGGGCGCGGCAAGGGGGAGGGGCCAGCAGAGGGGGUUGUCGAGCUUGGCGCAGUCAGAGGGGGAGGGGCGCGGGGGGAGCGACUGGGAGAGCGAUGUGUCGUCCGUGCGCCACAGGAGGGCAGCGGGGGCAGCGGCGGGAGGGUCACGACUAGGCAACAGGGAGGCAGGGGGAGGAGCAGGGGCGGGCACGAGUUCAGGGCGGAACAUGGGAGGGGCGGGGCAGGGGAGGCGGCAGCUGCAGCGGGGGUCGUCACAGACGGACAAUCGCGGGCUGGGCCGGGCGGCACACAGGGCACUGCACACCACCACGCUCGACCCCACAGGGCCGCCCUCAGGCAUGAACCCGCCGGGCGGCGCACAGGGGCUGCGGCGCGCGUCCUCAUUGGCUGUGGUGGGCGGCAGCGGGCGGCAGCAGGGCAUGGAGGGAAUGGAGGGGAUGGAUGGUUCAGAGGGGUUUCACGAGGUGGUGCAAGAGAUGAAGGCAGAAGGGGGGCGGGUGGGCGGAGGGGUGCGACGCGGGGGAAAUGAAGCACCAGGGCCGGAGCUGUCAGCAUCGCACCGCAGGGUGGCGUCGCUGGCAGUGCAGAGCCGCAGCAGCAGCAGCAGCAGCAUUGCCCUGGGGGGGGGUGCCAUGGGCAGCUCAGGUGAGGGCCGUGCCGUGUCCAGGCGCCUGAGCGGCGGCAGCGGUGGCGGGCUGUCCUCUCGGCGCUCCGACUACUCUCUGCCCCCUGAUGCGUCCGCAUUGCUGGACGAGCUUGAUGGGUCGGAUGGCAGUGAGGGGGAUGUGGGGGAUGAGGGGAACAUGGGGGACCGGCGGGUGCAUGGGCAUGGGGGUCCCCGCUCUGCCCAACCCCCCCUGCCCGCGUGGGGCGCGGGGAUGCGCCCGUCCACCCCCCCCCAGGGCGCGGCGUACGGCAAGAGCGCCACUGUGCCCGCGCCUGAGCGCCGCAGCCUCUGGGGGGAGGCCAGGCGCGCUGUGGGGCUGGGGGAGGGCGGAGGGGGCGACGGGGGGAAGGCGGAGGAGGUGUUCCGACAGUCGUCCUCGGAGCAUGGGGGGCAGGACGCGGUUGCUGCCAUGCAGUGGGCGCAGGGGGAGCGGGGGGAGCGGGGGGAGGAGGCUGACGGGAGGGGGGAAGGGGGCCGCAGUGGAGGGAGUGGGAGAGGCGGGCAGGGGCUGCAGGGAAGGGGGAUGGCGGUGGGGGGGAGGGAGGUGGGCGAGGGGAGGAGUGGGAGUCAGGGCAGCAGUGGGCACGAGGGGAUGAGGGACGGGGGAAGGGGAGCAGGUGGACGGGGAGUGGGGGGAGGCGCAGGCAGAGGAGGGGGGCGAGGCAGGGAGGGGGCUGCAGACGCGGGAGGGGGGGGUGGGCGGGGGCAGGGAUGGGCCAAGGUGCGCGCUGUGUUCCCCCUGCAUGGGGAGGGCGCAGGGCGGGGGGCAGGGGGGAGAGGGCCGGGCAGAGGAAUGGGCGACGGGGGAAGAGGGGGUGGGGGAAGAGGAGACGGGGGAAGGGGAACCGGGGGAAGAGGAGCAGGAGCAGGGCCGGGGGUAAGACAGGGCGGUGCAGGGGUUCCAGGAGGGGGAAGAGAGGGUGGGGACUCGGGUCGGCUAUCCUUAGAGCGCACGUUAUCACUGUCCUCCAACCACCACGCCGUAGCCGCAGCGGAUUCCCACAGGGACGUCGACGGCUCCUCGGCCCAUCCUCUCUCCCCGCUGGCAGCAGCUGCAGCGGCAUCACCCCCGGACAUGGUGACGUUGGUGCGGGCGGUGGCGCACGGGGGGGAGGCGGAUCGCAUGGAGGCAGUGGCGGCCAUCAGGGCGCUGGUCAAGGGCAGUCGCGACAACAAGUCACGCCUCAUCGCCGCGGGAGGCGUGCCGGCACUUGUGCGUGUGCUGCGCCAUGCCCACCCGGCCAUCAAGGAGCAUGCGGUUACCGCCAUUCUGAACCUCUCCCUCGUGCCCGGUGCACCCGCUAUUAUUGCCUCGGUGGGUGGGAUUGAUGCGGUGGCGGGCGUGCUGCAGUCGGGGUCGCAGGUGGCACGGGAAAACGCCGCAGCGGCGCUGUUCGCCCUCUCGGUGGACGAUGGGAACCAGUGCCUGGUGCGGCGAGCUGGGGCGGUGCUGCCGCUGGUGGACGUGCUACGUUCAGGCAGCACGCGAGGGCGCAAGGACGCUGCUCUCGUGCUCUUCAACCUCUCCCGUGACCAGCGCAGCCGCGCUGAGAUCGUGGCGGCGGGGGCGGUGCCGGUGCUGGUGGGCAUGCUGGGCAGCGAGGAGGGCGGGCUGGAGGAGAAGGCCAUGGCAGUACUGGCGAACCUGUGCCGCAUGCCUGAGGGCUGUGAUGAUGUGCUGGACCUGCCGGGAGCCAUCCCCAUGCUGGUGCGCGUGGUGGCGCAGGGGUCACAGCGCGCCAAGGAGGAUGCGGUGAUGACGCUGCUGAUGCUGGCGAAUAGUGAGCCGGCGAGCUGCCAUGCGAUGCUGGCGGAGAGCAUGGUGCCGGCGCUGCAGCAGGUGGCGCAGACGGGGUCCCAGCGCUCCAAGGGCAAGGCCAGGGCGCUGCUGGACCUGCUCAGGAGCCAGGCGCAGCGAGGCCGAGGGGGGGCGGACAGGUGA